AUGUCUUCAAAACCCCAAUCAUCGGGGGCGAUACCCUCGUCAAACUGGCUUGCAUUGCAGAAGACACUAGGGAAGGCCAAGAAAUCCGGAGGAAAGAACUUCAAGUCCGGAGAUGCAAGCAGGAAGAGAAGGAAACUCGAGGAUGCGGAGAUGGACAAGAAGGGGAGAUCGCGUUCGAGCUCGCCAGAGCCGAUUACGAAGACGUCGUGGGCUUCGCGCGUUUUGCAUGAUGAAGACGCUGCGAGCUCUAGUCUGUCGUCCCAUGAUAUCAACAAAAAUGGAGAAUCGUUGUCUGCGUUACGCGAUAUGGUGCAUGGGAAGGUGGAGUAUAAUACCAAUCAACGAUUACCAGGGAAAUACCUCGCGAUAGAUUGCGAGAUGGUGGGUGUAGGACUGGAGGGAGCCGAGUCGUCGCUUGCUCGCGUGAGUUUGGUGAAUUUCUACGGGGCGGAGAUGUUGGAUGUUUUCGUGCGUCAGCGGGAGAGGGUGGUGGAUUAUAGGACGCAGUGGAGUGGGAUACGGGAUACGGAUAUGAUGCAUGCGAAGUCGUUUGAGGAAGUGCAGAAGCAGGUGGCGGAUUUGCUUGAGGAUAGGAUAUUGGUGGGGCAUGCGGUGCAUAAUGAUUUGAAGGCUCUGCUGCUCUCGCAUCCAUGGACGAGUACACGGGACACGCAGUACUACGCGUAUAAAGGUGGACUGACAAAGUCGAAGCGGAUAGCGCUACGAAAUCUCGUCAAGCAGGAGUUGGACCUUGUGAUUCAAGAGGGGGAACAUUCUAGUGUUACGGAUGCGAGAGCUACGAUGGCAGUGUAUCGUCUUCACCGGAAGGAUUGGGAGAAGGGAAAUAGACCAAUAGCUUUGCAAGGCGGAUCGAUGGCUACAGCUGGGACGAAACGAAAACGGGACGACGAUGAUGCUGCUGAAAAGGAGGAAGAAGGCAACGACAAGGGAGAGGUUAUCAAACCCUCAUCGGCCAAAGGGAAGAAAAAGAAAAAGAAAGUGAAUUCACAGGAAUACCCCGGAGGGAGGAAAGGCGUCAGCUCGGGACUUUCGACGGUUGUUCGACGUGGGCUGCCUGGUAAGGAAAAGGAAAAGACGCAGUGGUGGAAGCAGCUGCCGACUGUACUUACUUCUGGGUCAAAGGGCUCUAUAAGAAUUGGCAAACCUACGUCGUAG